ACAUUACACAUAGCAGACAUGAACGCUGUUCGGUCGGGUUCGGUGGCCGGCCCGGUCCAGCAGGGGCUAAAAGAGGCUCUCAUGGAGACCCUGACGGCCAUCCUGUCUCCGGUUCAAGAAGUGCGCGCAGUCGCCGAGGAGCAGAUUAAAGUGCUGGAAGUGACGGAAGAGUUUGGUGUCCACUUGGCAGAACUCACAGUUGACCCUCAAGGAGCACUUGCCAUCCGUCAGUUGGCGUCAGUCAUCCUGAAGCAGUAUGUUGAAACUCACUGGUGUUCCCACUCAGAGAAGUUCCGGCCCCCCGAAACCACCGACCAGGCCAAAGCCGCCAUCAGGAGCUUGCUGCCCGGUGGCCUGCGCGAAUCCAUCAGCAAGGUGCGUUCCAGCGUCGCUUACGCUGUGUCCGCCAUUGCCCACUGGGACUGGCCCGAGGCCUGGCCGCAGCUUUUCACCCUGCUGAUGGAAAUGUUGGUCAGCGGCGACGUCAGCGCCGUGCACGGGGCCAUGAGAGUCCUAACAGAGUUCACUCGGGAAGUGACAGACACACAAAUGCCGCUUGUGGCUCCUGUAAUUUUACCUGAGAUGUACAAAAUCUUUACCAUGGCCGAGAUGUACAGCAUUCGUACCCGUUCCAGAGCCGUGGAGAUCUUCACCACCUGUGCCAACCUCAUCUGUGCUAUUGAGGAGCUUGAAAGGGGUGCAGCCAAAGCCUUGAUCUUCCCUGUAGUGCAGCAGUUUACAGAAGCAUUUGUGCAGGCCCUGCAGAUGCCCGACGGACCCUCUUCCGAUAGUGGCCUGAAGAUGGAGGUCCUCAAGGCGAUAACCGCGUUGGUUCAGAACUUUCCAAAGCCCAUGGUGUCUUCCAUGCAGCAGAUUCUACCCAUCGUUUGGAACACGCUGACUGAAAUUUUUUGAAAUCCCUUAACCGACAUGCCCACUUAUGUCAGAACGGAAGUCAACUACACAGAGGAAGUGGACGAUCCUGUCGACUCAGACGGUGAAGUCUUGGGCUUUGAGAAUCUGGUCUUCAGCAUCUUCGAUUUUGUGCACACGCUGAUGGAGAAGAACAAGUUCAAGAGCACGGUGAAGAAGGCCCUGCCCGAGCUCAUCUAUUACAUCAUCCUCUACAUGCAGAUGACGGAGGACCAGAUCAAAGUGUGGUCGUCCAACCCUCACCAGUUUGUGGAGGAUGAGGACGACGACACCCUCUCCUACACUGUCAGGAUCUCUGCUCAGGACCUGCUGCUGGCGGUUGCUGCCGAGUUCCAGAAUGAGAGCGCAGCAGCGUUGGCAGCGGCGGCCACCAGACACCUCCAGGAGGCGGAGCAGGCCAAAAACAGCGGCAAUGAGCACUGGUGGAAGAUCCAUGAGGCCUGCAUGUUGGCACUUGGCUCAGUCAAAAGCAUAAUCACUGAGAAUGUGAAAGACGGUCGCAUCCAGUUUGACAUGCACGGCUUCUUGGCUGGUGUUGUCUUGGCUGACCUCAACCUGGCAACGGUGUCACCCUUCCUCCUCGGCCGUGCUUUGUGGGCGGCCAGUCGCUUUACCGCCGCCAUGUCGCCUGAGCUCAUUCAGCAGUUCUUGCAGGCCACCGUGAGCGGCCUCCAUGACAGCCAGCCGCCAUCUGUGCGCGUAUCUUCGGUCAGGGCCAUCUGGGGGUAUUGUGACCAGCUGAAGCUAUCUGAGAACACGCAUAUCCUGCAGCCCUUCCUGCCCAGCGUCCUGGAGGGGCUGGUCCAGCUGGCCACGCAGUUCAACUCUGAAGUGUUGGCGCUGGUCAUGGAGACACUUUGCAUCGUUUGCACCUUCGACCCAGCCUUCACUACUAGCGCUGAGAACAAGAUCUGCCCCCUCACCAUCGCCGUGUUCCUCAAAUACAGCAACGACCCGGUGGUGGCUUCCCUGGCCCAGGGCAUCUUCAAGGAACUGUCCCAGAUCGAAGGCUGUCAGGGACCCAUGCAGAUACGUCUCAUCCCUACGCUGGUCAGCAUCAUGCAGGCCCCUGUUGACAAAAUCCCGACUGGACUGUGUGCUACAGCCAUCGACACUCUGACCACGGUUGUGCGCAACACCAAGCCGCCUCUUUCUGAGAUGCUGGUGUGCCAGGCAUUCCCUGUGAUGGCACAGUGCACCUUACGCACUGACGACAAUACUGUCAUGCAGAACGGCGGCGAGUGUUUACGGGCAUAUGUCUCGAUCGCCCUGGAACAGAUUGCCCAGUGGCGCGACGACCAAGGGAACAGCGGUGUGUGGUAUGUCAUGCAGGUGGUAAACCUGUUGCUGGACCCCAGGACCUCGGAGUUCACCGCCAUAUUCGUUGGAAGGCUGGUGUCCACGCUCAUCUCCCGGGCUGGCACACAGCUCGGCGAACAGCUGGACCAGAUUCUGCGAGCCAUCCUGAGCAAGAUGCAGCAAGCGGAGACUUUGAGCGUCAUGCAGUCUCUUAUUAUGGUAUUUGCCCACCUGGUUCACUCCCAGCUGGAGCCCCUGUUGGAUUUCCUCUGCAGUCUCCCGGGCCCGACAGGUAAACCUGCACUGGAAUUCGUCAUGACCGAGUGGAUGAGCAGGCAGCACCUCUUCUAUGGACAGUACGAGGGUAAAGUCAGCACGGUGGCUCUUUGUAAACUGCUGCAGUACAGCCUCAACACUGAUGACAAGCGUCUCCAAGACAUCAUGGUGAAGGGAGAAGAGAUUUACAACCCCGCGGAAGGCAUCCGGACUCGCUCCAAAUCAGCCAAGAAUCCGGAGCGCUGGACCAACAUUCCUUUGCUGGUGAAAAUUUUUAAACUGAUCAUCAAUGAGCUGUCAACUGUCGUGGAGGCCAACGCCAGCCGAGCCAACCCAGCCGACUGGAGCCAAGAUUCCAGCAGCAUGUGUGAGGAGGAAGAGGAAGAAGGCGAUGAGGAUGAUGAUGAGGAAGGAGGGCUGGCAGGGCAGCUGAUAUCAGACCUCAUUGGCUCCAAUAAAUAUGAUGAUGACUAUUAUGACGACGACGAUGAGGAUGAUCCCGAUGCCUUAAAUGAUCCCUUAGACCAAAUUGACCUGCAGGCAUACCUGACUGACUUCCUGACCCAGUUUGCCCAGCAGCCGUGCUACAGCAUGUUCUCAGGUCACCUCAACAACAACGAGAGACAAACGCUGCAGUCUAUAGGCCUCUAGCCCCUCUCCCCUGCUGAUCCCUUCUCUCCUUCCCUUUCUCCUGUUGCCUCAUUGCCGACACUCACGGCAUCAAUUGCCCGGGAAGAAGAACGCUGAUUAUGUGCUGAUGGUAGAGGGAUGAGAUGGAACGCACUUGACUGCGACUCCCUGGUUGUCCACGCUUGUAAAGGACUUUGUCCCGGUGACACUUUCGAGAAUGAAAGGAAACCACAAAUGUGGGGUCAAGGCUUUCACGGUGGGCCAGGUGAACUGUGAUAUAUAUACUGUUUUCCAAUUCCUCUUUAUAACUGCUGCCUGUUUUUACAUGAGCGAGAAAUCCAUCGACAGAAAUCACUUCGACCAGACACUGAAGAAGAAAAAACAACAACUUCCUGUUCUUUUGGGAAGUGGGAUAAUUAUUGGAGGCCUUAUUCUCCCAGGAAAUAUUGACUGUUUCUUAGUAUCAUGCAAUGUAAAGCUCUUAGUUCACUCAUGUCUCGGCAUUACCAUGUUUUUUUUGGGGGGGCGGGGAAUUAUCACUGUUACCAUGGUGAUACCAAGCCUUGUCGUUUCCUCGUGCCCACAAAAAUGCAGGUAUGAAAAAAUAUUUCUAAAUAAAAGUCUGA